AUGGCAGCAAUGACUGAGAUGCCAAUGAGGAGCACCUUGAGCAAUGGGAGUAAUUCCAGCUUGGGCAGCACGAUCUCAUCAAGCUCUACCGUUCGAAGUGAGCCGCGCCAACUGCUGCUGCUUUUGUCUAGCCGACGGGUGGAGACUGCAUUGAGGUCAGCACAGGAUCAGUUGAAGAUGAAGAUGAAUAAGGAUUCCUUGAGCCUUGGAAAGUUGCUCAAGAUCAUCGCGGAGGUGCAUGCCUUGUGGAAGCUUCGAGAUCUCUGGGGAUCAAAGCCGGACGAAUCUUGGGGAGUUUUCCUUGAUCGUUUAUCGCAGACCUUGGGACCUGGAUGCCGAUCAGUUGCUCUGCUUCAAGUCGAGGACUGGCGAGCAGUGAAGGACUUGUGCACAGGAAGCUCAACAGAGCUUUUGAGUGACUUGAUCGAUGCGGCCUUGUGCUUCCACCACAGCCCAACACCUUUGCAAGUGCUUCGUCUUUCCACUGUCUUGGAUCGUCUAAGGUGA